AUGCGUGAGGUAAUGUUCUUCUCUGUACCCCCUGUUUCCAAGGUAGGUAAAAUUGUGGACGCGCUCAACGUCCUUGUCCUCACUGUGCCCAAGCCCGGCGGCGGGGCGGUUUUGAGAGUGCAACCGGGUGCAGACGGAGCGAGCAUUGAGUGCGUGUGCGGGGCCCGGGCGGGUGUUGGUUUGCGCGCGCGCGGGGCGGUGCAGGUGCACCUGGGCGGCGGCCGGCGCCCGGCGCGCCACGUGCCCGGGCGCGCGGCGCUCAGUCGCUAG